GUCACAGAAUGCUUCUUCAAAAGAAAUGGGAACUGUUUGUUUUGGGACGCUGAUGGAUUCAGAUCACGAUGGAGAGCCCAAUGCGAGUCAUCAUCUCUGCCUGUGUCACUGAUAUCGGUGGUAAUCCACAGCGACGCCAUAAUACUCUGGGGAGUGCGUUCUGCGAGGAAGUCUUAAACCGAGAAUUCCAUGCACCGCUCCAACCUACUGGGUACGACCACGUCCACAUUCCUGCAGACUUCGACUCGGCCAAGCCGGUGAAGCGCUGGUUUAUCUUCGACUUGAACGUUCGUGGAGAACUCGGCGCGGACGAGGUUGCGCAGAUCCCCCAUCAAGUCUAUCUGGCUAGCCGCCAGGGAGACAAUUGGAUUUUCAUUCCACGUCCGCAAUGGAUUGACUCCGCAAAAGCCCGAGCCAACUCAUAUACAUGGGGCGGGAGACUGGAACAGAAACUAGUGGCUGGCAUGAGGAAUUCAUUGCUCCAGGCGUGAACUACAUAUCGAGGCAGCACUCCAGAUUUUUUCCCUUUCCGUCCCUGUUCGCGUCUCUCUCGUCAAGGUGUCUCAGGUGGCGUUUGCCCCCUGCAUGCUGGACACUCUUCAUUAUCCUUAUCCUCCUGCCAGUCCCAAACGUCUUGGCGCUGGUUGGGCGGACACGUCACUUGGUUCUGCAGGGCAACCGCACAUCUCGCGAUGUAUACCGUGGCUUCGUGGCCACAGACCCCGAACCGACCUCGCACGUUCUCACACAUCUUUUUGGACGUAUCCAAAGGCUAUGACGAUCCCCGUGAAGAACUGGCUGCUAACCGAAAGCCUCAAGCCAAAAAGAUCUCAAGCUUCACCCUCCCACAACUGUUCAAGAACUGUGCGGGUCCAUAUACAUAUCACUGUAAAAACUCUCAUAGAUGAAGGCAGCGCAUAGGAAAU